AUGGUUGUUCUACUAAAUAGAAAGAUUCUUAUGCACUUCAUAUUAUUAUCAUGGUCAUCUGCUCAGAACAUUAAUACUAAUGGGAAUAAUAACCAAACAAUACAAGCAGGACAACAAGGUUCCUCUUUAGUCUCAAUUAAUUCUGGGAUAUCAUCAAUACAGACAACAACUUCUUCAAAUGAAGCUAUAGCAUCUGCUCCAUCUUUUAGUGGUUCAUCACUACACCAAUUAAGUGUCUCGUCAACUAUACCCUCUUCAUCAGGAGCUCUAAGUUCAUUGUUAUCUUCAGCACUGUCAACAAGUUCAUCUACUUCUACAUCGAUAUUUUCAUCCUCUAUCUCAUCUCCGUCAUUUAGUUAUUCUUCCACAACAACUCAAUACUCAUCAUCAAGCAGCAGCAGCAGCAGCAGCUUUACAACGAGCAGUUCUGAGAGCUCUUUUUUCUCUAGUUCACAAUUAACGACGAGCUCCUCUUCUUCUUCAACAACAACAACAACUUCACAAUCUAUCUCCUCAUUAUCCUCCUCUUCAAGUUCUAUUUUUUCGUCAUCUUCAAGUACCUCUUCUUCGAGUAUAUCAUCAUCUACUUCAUCCUAUUUUACACAAUCAACAACAUAUCCAAGUACAGAUCCAAGACAUAUAGUAACAAGUGUCAUUCACGGUCAAACUGUUUAUUCCAAUUAUUAUACAACAAUCACAUAUUCUGCAACUGCAACUUCGUCUGCAAACAAUAAAAAUUCAAGUAGCGGUCAUAAGGGACUUUCUAAGAAAAAUAGAAAUAUUGUUAUUGGGUGUGUUGUAGGGAUUGGUGUUCCGCUAUUAAUCCUCAUUGCUGUUAUAAUCUAUAUCUUUUGUAUUCAAAGUAAAAAAACAAACUUUAUUGAUUCAAAUGGUAACGUUGUCACUGCUUAUAAAAGAAACAAAGUAAUGAAACUAUGGUAUAGUUUAAUUGGUAAGAACGUCAGUGAUGAAGAAUAUGAAUCAAAGUCUCCGUUAGGUAGUGCUGCGUCAGAUGAAGAAAUGAUUUUAGAUGGUAACAUUAUAGAACCAUCUACAGUCUUGAAUUUAGAUGAUGAAAUGAACCAUGGUUUUGUAAAUAGGAACGGAACUACACUAACAUCUAACACUAAUAACACAAAUCGAUCUUUGAGUAAUAAAUAUAAUGGAACAAAUAGUAAUAUAAAUGGACAAGAAGGGUCAAAUGAUUUAGUAAUACCAGAGGAGAAAUACUAUGAUGAACAUGGAAAUGAAUUAAACGCUAAAAAUUAUUGA